GUCCGCCCGCCGCGCGCGCGGGGCCGCCGGUCGCCGUCCGGUCGCUGUGGCCGCGGGGGACUCAGGCGCUCCUGGCGAUGCUUUCCCCGGUCCUGUGACCGUCCUUCCUCGCCGAGGUCUGCCGGGGUGAGAUUGGACCUCCCGACCCCACGGAUACGGUAGGUGAGUUCUUCCACUGGAAGCCCUGAAAAGGAAUUCUGCUGCCAGAUUCCAUGCCAAAGUGAUGCCUUAUCUUCUAAAUGUCGUUGAUACUCUUGUUCUACAAAAGUGACAAUACCAGAAUCCUGAAGACCUUGUUUAUGCUUCAAGAGAUUAGACAAUAUUGCAGAAUGGCACUUUGAACCUCUUUCUUCCUCUUUGGUGGUCCAUCAUCUCCACCCCUACACAAGGUAGAACCGGUUCAUUUGCCUGUUCGCAAGAGCAGUGAUGCCCAGGUUUUCUCAACAAUGUACCCCAUUUCCUGGCACGCUUACCCACUGAUCUCCUUUUUAUAAGAAGAAAAUUUUGGUGGAGAGUUACCCAGCAAGGAAAGGACGUGUGGCUAUUAAGUUAGACAAGAAGAAAGGAGGUAAAUUCCAGCCUUUUAAGAAGUUGUUUGGCAGAAGGAAAAAGAAAGACACUUUGUUGUCCCAGGAGGUGUCAACAGGGACUAAGAUUCGCUCUUCCCGGAGUGUCAGCAAUGGGACCUUCUCUUCAGAUGAGGAGACCCUGGAAGACAAUCUAAGGUCCUUCAACUAUUCUAUGGGAACCCGGGCAUUUUCCCAUGACAGUAUUUUUAUCCCUGAUGGGGGAGCAGAAAGUGAGCAGACAGUUCAAGCAAUGUCACAGGACAACAUCCUGGGCAAAGUCAAAACUCUUCAGCGACAGUUGAGCAAAAACAUCAAGUUUGGGCAGCCACCACCCAAUGCCAUUCCCAUGAAGAAGGCAGACAGUGGUGAGGCUAGCUUAGAAGAGGAUCUGUUCCUGACCAGUCCCAUGGAAAUUGUGACUCAGGAGGAUAUCAUUCUCUCAGACACCGAGAACAAACCCAGUGAUACGCCAAGUUCUCGGAGUCCUCUGAAUCUGCCUGGCACCAGAAGUGAGAUGGAAGAGAAGGUGGCUCCAGUUAAACCGUCUCGGCCAAAAAGGCACUUCUCUUCUGCUGGAACCAUCGAAAGUGUCAACCUAGAUGCCAUCCCCCUGGCCAUCGCUCGCCUGGACAACAGUGCUGCCAAGCACAAAUUGUCCGUUAAGCCAAAAAACCAGAGGGUGUCAAAGAAGCACAGGCGACUUGCCAGGGAUCGACCAAAUGAACAAGGUGGCCUUCCACGUCAGCUGUCCCUCGACCAGAACGGACACUCUGGAGAAGACAAGCCAAUUUGGCACGAAGAGGAACCAGAGCUGCUGGAGUCCGAAGAAGAAAAGAGAUGCCAAGAAGAAUACUGGCUAGAACUUGAGGCCAAGUGCAAACGGCAAAAGGCUGAGGCAGCAGAGAGGAGACGUCUGGAAGAGCAGAGACUCCAGGCCCUGGAGAGGAGGCUUUGGGAAGAGAAUAGAAGACAAGAGCUCUUGGAGGAGGAAGGAGAGGACAGGGAGGGAGAGGAGACAGAACUACAGCUGGAGGCAGAAGAGGGGCAGGGCAAAGAGGAGAAGCAGAGACUCAAAGAGCAAGGUGGCCAAGGCCAAGAGUGGAGAGAGCAAGAGGAAGGAAGGCACCUGGAGGCCCAAGAACAGGCGGUGUGGAGAGGGCAGGAGGCUGAGAGGCAGCGGCAGUUAGAAGAGCAAAGAGAGUUGAAGGAGCUCAGGAGGCAGGAGGAGCUGGAGGAGCAGCAGAGGCAGGAAGCCGAGAAGCAGCAGCAGGAGUUGGAGCAGCGGCAAAGGGAGGAGCAGCAGAGGCUGGAAGAGGAGCAGCGGCAAAGGGAGGAGCAGCGUAGGCUGGAAGAGGAGCAUUGGCAGAGGGAGGAGCAGCAGAGGCUGGAAGAGGAGCAGCGGCGAAGGGAGGAGGAGGAGCAGCGGCGGCGUGAGGAGCAGCAGAGGCUGGAAGAGGAGCAACGGAGGCGGGACGAGGAACAGCGGCAAAGGGAGGAGCAGCUGCUUUUGGAAGAGGAGCAGCGGCGGCUGGAGGAGGAGCAGAGGGAAAGGGAGGAGCAGCGGCGGGAGGAGGAGGAGGAGGAGGAGGCGGCCACGGCGGCGGUGGCGGCGGCAGAGAGAAGGGCGGAGCUGGGAAAGCGGGAGGAGGUGGAGGUGCCCCGGCGGCCGGAAGCGGAGGCCGCCCGAGGGCAUGAGGAGAAGCGGCCGCAGCCGGAGGAGCUGAGGGGCUCGAGGAGCGCGCUGCACGUGGACUCUGCAGAGAAGCCCGGGAAACGCGAGCACCUGAAGCUCGAGAAGCAAGGAGAAAACUCUGAGGAAUCAAGGGUUUGCGAGAAGCAGAGCCGGGAGGCCGAGCCGUCCGGGGAGCAGCAGGCGCAGCGCGGGGGUCUUCCGGGGCACGGCCGUCGGGCACGGCAGGACAUGAGACCCGAAAGCGGCCCGCAGCCUCCGCAGAAGCCGGAGGCGCCCGUGGAAGAGACGCCGGCCCCCGGGGGGAAGAAGGAAGCUGCCGCGCCGGAGACCGACCGGAAGGUGGAGGAACUGCGCUGGCAGGAGGUGGAUGAGCGGCAGACCAUGCCCAGGCCCUACACCUUCCAGGUGUCGUCGGGAGGGAAACAGAUUCUCUUCCCCAAAGUCAAUUUGAGCCCGGUGACGCCCGUGAAAGAGGCGGGGCCCGCCCCUGCUGCCCACGAGCCCGGGACCCCCAGGCCCAGCCCAGCGCCCCCCGCCCUGCCCUCCUCCCUCAGCGUCCCCCACACGGCCAUCCUGGUCACCGGAGCGCAGCUGUGCGGCCCGGCCGUCAACCUGAGCCAGAUCAAGGACACGGCGUGCAAGUCUCUCCUGGGCUUGUCGGAAGAGAAGAGGCGCGCGGAUGGCCCCGGCCCGGAGCAGCCGCCCCGAGCCGCCGAGCCGCGGGCGGGCAGCGGGAAGGCCCGCGCCCCGGAGUCCGCGGCCGCAGGGGCCGCGCUGGCCGAGUGGGCGUCCAUCCGGUCCCGAAUCCUGAGGGGCGCCGAGACUGAGCGGCGCGGCGACGGGGGCCCGUGCCGGCCGGCGGAGGAGCCGCCGCCCCGGGCCCGGUGGGAUUCCCGCGGGAGCCUCCGGAAGACGCCGCCGCUGAACGCCAAGUUCUCCAUUAAGCCCGCUUGGCAGAAAUUCUCCGACGGCGGCGCCGAGACCUCCCGACGGAACGCGGAGGCCGAGGGCGGUAGGAGGCGGCCCUCGCCGUGGCCCGGGGACGCGUCGGGGCCGCAGCCCCCGGCUACUGGCGAGCGCCCCCGGGGCGCAGACGGGCCCGAGCCCGACGCCACGGAGGGAUGCAAAUUUGCCAAAGACCUCCCGUCCUUCCUGGUUCCGAGCCCUCCGUACCCGCCGCAGAAAGCGGGGACCCCCGCGGAGGCCGGCGCUGCGCCGGACGGGGAGCCCACCGGGGCCGGGGGCAGGCCGGACCCCGCGGCGCCUGGCCAGGAGGAGAAGGCCUCGCCCUUUGGAAUAAAAUUGCGAAGGACCAACUACUCCUUGCGCUUCCACUGCGACCAACAGACCGAACAGAAGAAGAAGAAAAGGCACAGCAGCACCGGGGACAGUGCGGAGGGCGGGCCGCCGGCGGGCAGCGCGCCGGGAGAGGAGACGGCGGGCGCGGCCCCCACGCCCGGCCCGGCGCCGCCCGCCGCCUGGAAGGACCCUGCCGACCGGCCGGCCAGCAGGGGGCCCGCGGCGCCCAAGCCCGCCCUGGCGCCCAAGCCGGCCGGCCAGACGCCCCCGUCCUCCCCGCUCGCCAAGCUCAGCCGGCCCUACCUGGUGGAGCUGCUGGCGCGCCGGCCGGGGAGGCCGGAGCCCGAGGCCGCCGAGCCGGGCAGGGAGGCUCGGGAGAGCAGCGCCCCCUGGCCGCCGUCGCCGCCGCCCGCCGAGAGGAGGAAGGCGCCCCGGCGGGCCGACGAGGAAGCGGCGGACCCCGAGAGGAAGCCCGCGCGGCCCGAGAAGCCUCCCCAGACCCCCGAGGCCGCGAGGAAAGAAAAGCCGGUCCUUCAGAGCAGGCACUCUUUAGAUGGCUCCAAACUUGCGGAGAAGGUUGAAACCGCGCAGCCGCUGUGGAUAACGUUAGCGCUGCAGAAGCAGAAGGGGUUUCGGGAGCAGCAAGCAACUCGAGAGGAGAGGAAGCAAGCCAGGGAGGCCAAACAGGCAGAAAAGCUCUCCAAAGAGAAUGUCAGUGUCAGCCUGCAGCCCGGGAGCAGCGGUGUUAGCAGAGCCGGGGCCCUGCACAAGCCCACCACCCAACUGGAAGAGAAGAAGCCGGAGACUGCUGCGUCCAGGCUUGAGCGCAGAGAACAGCUGAAAAAGGCCAACACUCUUCCUACGUCCGUAACAGUGGAGAUCUCUGAUUCAGCUCCCCCCACGCCGCUGGUGAAAGAAGUCACAAAGAGGUUCUCAACCCCAGAUGCUGCCCCCGUGUCAACAGAACCAGCCUGGCUGGCUUUGGCCAAAAGGAAAGCCAAGGCCUGGAGCGACUGUCCACAGAUCAUUAAGUAGAAUGACUUUUAUCCACUCCUGUUGCCAUUUAUUGGCUCUUCUCUUGCCCAUGUUAUUUAUUUUUUAUAGGAGGUAAAGAAACCAAGCUAGGGAAAAGCAGCAUGUUUUUAUAGGCUCUAAAAUAAUGUUUAGAAACUGAAUCAGUGGCGUUCCUUGUAAAGAGUGUAUUUCCACAAUCCUAGGUCCUGGUGUCUUGAGCUCCUCCUCGUUCUCAAGAGAAAAUUCCAUCCGAGGGACCACAUGAAGCAAAAUCUCCAAACUAAGAACUUCUCACAAGAGCCUACCAUGCCCCUUCCACAGCCUUUGCACACACACCCACACACACCAUUUAGAACAUGACUCUUGUCAAUCUUUGUAAUGGUUUUUUGAUUCUCCGAUUUUUUUUACCUGGAACAUUUACCCUACCGUAUGUUUGGUAGUUUCUUUCCUUUUCUACCAUAAUGGAGAAAGAGAGGGUCAUAUAAACAAGAAUGCCCAUGCUCCUGAAUGCAGUAAGUGCGAGUCGUAAGUUAAGUCUGGCGGCCAGCUCUGCCCAUGUCUGCUUUUCUGAAUUCUCCUUGAUCCAGAACUGUAACGCGGAAAGUCAGUUCUCACUCCCAUGACACUGUUGUCCCACAGGUCCUGUCGUACCAGUUCUCUCCCUUAAGGACGUGUUAAACAUUUGGCCCAGUUGGCUCCUAGGGAACAUUUUUAUUUUAGGAUCAUGAAGAAAGGAAGCUACAGAUUCUCUUUCCAUCUCUAAGAAUCUAAAUGCAGUGGUUAAGAUGUCCUGGCUCCAUCUCGGUCCUGCCCACCAAACUAGAUCCUGUGAGUCUGGGUCAGGAAAGUCUAUUUUGGCAAAACUCUUCAGAUGAAUUUCUGAUCCGUUCCAAAGGAGAACCUUGAGAUACACUGCUUCCAGUGUCAUCUAGCUUUUAAAACCCUGAGGGGGGGGGUUCAUUUCACCCAAAGAAGAAAAGUGGGAGGAAAGUAAAACCAAUCCCCCCAAACCAGAUAUUACAAAGUAAGAGAGGCUAUACUCACAUUGACUAUCUCCGAAUACUCCCUUAGGUCUUUAAGGAAAAUUAACAGGAAGCCAAGAUUUGGAGCCUUUGUAGUAAGGACUUCUGUGGAAAGUUUCUUUCUUUACCGUAAUCGAGUGAUUUCAUAUUUAUCGAGUUGAAUGUUAUUCAAUAGCAUUUAUAGUUUUGAGCAUUCACCUUGCUACCUUUAAAAAACAGCUCAGAGUCUUAAGUGGCCUUGCUAUCCCACACAUACCUGUGGUCCAAAGAAGGGGACAUGGCAAUUUAAAAGCAUGAAGCAUAGACCACCAGCAAACCUACACGUUGCCAAUACUAACUUCUUAGAUUCUGACUCCACAGUAGAAGUACAUGUCCUUUGCCCAGCGCAUGGGGAAUUGCAUUCCUUUUUCCUCUCCUGCAAAAACACAUUUUAUCCAUCAUUAUCUUCCUUUAUGCUGAGCUCAUUUGACAGGCAAUGUAUUGUUAUUCUGUCAUUCACCAUAAAGAAAGCAUUUCUUUCUGGAAUGACGGCUCAGCCUCAUGGUAGCAGCUGUCAGGUGUGGUCAAGCAGAUAGUUGUACUCUUGCAAGUUGGAUCUAAUAUUCUCUUUACUAGACCUUCAGACUGUUAAGAAUCAGUGUAACUUUAAUCAUUUUUAUUCCUGUGGGAAGCAGUUACUAUUCCACUGCAUGUUUUCCAUACUGCUGUUCAUUUAUAAAUCAAACACGUAGGCAUUUGUUAGUUUUCAGUGAUUUCAUUACUAACAUAACACACUUUUUAAUGGGAAUCUUUCCACCUAGAGCCCUGGUAUUAUAGUGCUAUGAUAAUUCUUCUGAGCUUUUCCUUUCAUUCUGUCAACUUUGGGUAAUACCACAGUAAGGGUGGAGAACAGGGGAAGAAAUCAGGUCAUUGAUGAAGAAUCCUAGAUGAGUCCACCACUACUGGCUCACAUACCACUGAGCACAUAACAAAGUAGGAAGAAAUACCUCAGUUACAAAGUUUAUAUUAAAGUCUUCAAAAAUAAAAGAGUACACUGAGGAAAGGACAGUCACAGCACUUCCAGCAACUUCUAAAGGGUACAUGUUCAAUAUUUCAUGUAAAAUGACUCCACAAAUUUGCACUAAAUACCAAUGAAGUGUUAUUUUGCUUUAGUUGUGUUGCAGUCUUUUCUGAUCAACAAACUAUGGGGGAAAUUCUGUAAAAAGAAAAGACUUUUUUUUUUAAAUGAAUGAUUGCUAUGUUAAAUUUUUUUUUUUAACUUAAACAUACACUUCUCUUGGCAAAGAUAACAAAUUAACCUCUGUUCAUAAAUUUGUAUAUUAACUAGUUUUUUGUUUACUUUUUUAAUUUUUCAAGUGCAAUUGUUUCUUACGCAUUAAUUAAAUUAUCAUUUUAGCCAGUUAUCAGCAAAUUAUAGUAUGUAUUGUCUCUUCUUGUGACAUUUAGUUUAAUUGCUUAUUUUAAAGCAGAAAUAUUAGUUACAAGUGUCUUGCGAUAUUUUUACCAAUAAUAAAACUAAGUAGAGACAACAAUGAAAAAUAUCUUAGUGUGAUUUUAAUAUUAUUUUGAGAUUUUUGGUUGUAUAAAGUUUUAAUGUAAAAUGUCCAUUAUUGAAGGAAAGUGAUCUUUCAAUAAAAAAUACCUGUAAGAUCUUCAGCACGUAUGGAAUUUCCUUUUCAGGUUGAAGCUUUUGCUAAUUUCAAUAACUAUCCACAAGCAAGCUCAUACAUAACUUUUGUUAAGAAAAAUUACAAGGCAUUUUAUGUGCUACCUUGUAUUUUUUACUAGGUGUUUUAGAGAAAAAAAUUUAGUGGCAAAUAAAAUGUUUAUCUCAAUUCUAAAUUGGAAUUGAAUGGUAUGCAUCUCAGAGAAAAUAUUACACAGCCGCCUUGCUCCACAUGUGGGCUCUAGAACUGUAGCACUGGCUGGGGCUGGAAGCUUGUGAGAAAGGCAACGUGGGGCCCAGGCCAGACUUAUUGCUGACUCACAGGUCUCCCCUAGGGUAAAAGUGAGUGAUGGGAGUGAGGCCCUCACGCUGGGUGCCACAAAACUAAGAUAAAUCCUGUUCUAAUGCAGUAUCUUUUAAAAAAUACAAAUGAGUACUUGGGGGCACUUGUCUCAGUUGGCAGAGCAUAUGACUUGAUUCGGGAACUGCUGAGUUCAAGCCCGAGAUUACCUAAUUGGGCACAGAGAGUAACCUAAUAAAAUUAUUUAAAAUUUU